AUGAUGCUGCGGCCCACCCUUGUCAAGUGGCUGGAGCGCAAAGGCGUGCGGCCCAUCGUGGAGAGAGUCGCGCGAAGCACGCUGCGAGGGCCAUCGGUCAGCCACAGCGCCUCCCAUGUGGCUGCAGGCUCUGCUUCAUCGUCAUUGUACCACACCGGUGACAUUGACGACAUCGACGGGGCGGAGUCGCUGGAUAUGAUGGACGGCAUACCGAACGAGUCCUUUGGCUUCCCCCCUUCCGCCGCGCUGCGACGCAAUGCUCACCCGCCGGAGCCGCGAGCACGCGCUGCCAACAGCUACAGCUGGUCAUCUGGUGCUGACUCCGCAGGUGCAGGCAGCGGCACCGUAGACCACCGCGAUAGACCCAGGCGAGACGAGAGAUCAGCGACCCCUACGCGACGCGUCAUCACGGUAGCACGGCGGAACCACAGCUCACCUGCCGAGGCUGCCCCUGCCUCCCGGCACGCGCACGUGCCCGUUACACAUGCGCCGCUGUCUAGCUCCCCUCGAGAGGCGCAAGUCAUGGAUCACGCCAAGAGCGCGCCGCACCGCGACAAACCUGUGCACACCGCUACUCCUGUGAAUUCUUCGGAUGUCGAUGACGAUGCCAGCGGUACCAUCGCGGAAACCGGCGAGUCCGCCGGGAGCGCGGCCACGAAAGCCAAGUCCUCCGACGCCUACCGCUUUCUCUUGCAUCACAUCGACGCCGAGAUCGCCGCGCUGCAGCGCCGUCACGCCUCCGUAACGACACGCCGCCAGUCUGUCCAGACGCGCCAGACGCAGCGUAUCAAGGAGCUGUUUGAAGUGAUGGAGAACCCGUGGACGUUGCUGCCGACAGAGAUGCAGCCGGCACUGCCCGCUACCGGGGUGGAUGUGUACAUCAAGGAGCAGCAGAUAGCGCGCCAGCAACAGAACCAUGUCCACCCGAUACCGGAGGGCCAGGACAAGAUGUACGUACUAGCGCUGCACAAGAACUACAAGUCCAUGCCUGCGGGCCGCAAACGGUUCUACGAGGAAGCGGCACACUACAACGCUGCCGUGCGAGAAGAGCUCAAGUACCUGCUCACUCGCGGCUGCUCCCGCUUCGAGGCAUUCCUCGACACUAUCAAGGAGUGCACGAUGGAGAUGGCGCGGGAGGGGCAGGUGCCGGAGCUGCCCACCACGCACGCACAAAACCGCUUUCACGCAGCGCGGGCCGGUGUGUCGAACUACCGUCAUGCCAACACACCUAGGACCUUGCCAGCUGGCGGCGACGCCGGCACCACGCGAAGUCGUAAGUCGCACCAGCAUGCACAGCCCCAACAAGUCAUCGCGGCGCAAGAGACGUCUGCCAGAGCCGAAGCAGAAGCGGAGGAGGGCGACACCACUGCUGAUUGGGAGGACGAGGGCGACACUGCCGAGGACACCGCCAAGGAGGCGGCGCGUGGGGCUAGGCACGGCUCGGUGGGGCGCAAGAGAGGACGCAGAGCAUCGCAGCGCAUCCAGAGUGCAGCGAAGAAGACGCAUGCCGAAGUCGCCGCUGCCGCGGCUGGAGUGCAUUCCUCUGCGAGGGAGCCCAAGCGACGGCAGCGGUCUCAGACAUCGGCGACGAGGCAGCCCGACGCCAGGCCGAUGCGAAGAGGUGGGGGCAGCAGCAAAGCCGACGCCGAUGCCCAUGCCAAAAGCGAUCGUCAAAAGACAGUGAGAAGGGCAGGCCGCAGCACUGGUGUGUCGCGCUCUAUCCCACUGCCCAAUCUCGACCACCUCGCCGUCAAGAAGAUCAAGCGGAUGCUCACUUCGCCGUCCGGCUCUGGUGGUGCAGCAAAGAAGGCGGCAAAGGCGAAGAGGGCGUCGCCGUCGAGAAAGCCGGCCGCCGGCGGCGCGAAGAAGAAAAGGUAG